GCCCUCCCAGGUGAUCACCAGCAGUUAAUGCCAGCGGGCUCUCUCCAUAGAAAGAAGCUGGCCAAAAGACCUGGGUACAUGAGGCCAGAGGCUCAGCAACAGAUCGAGUUCCAGUCCCUGGGUGCCUGCGCAGGGUCCAGCCCAGCAGAGCUCCAGCAUGGUAGGCAGCACUGUGAAGGCUCUGAGGGAUGUGCUCUGCUCAGACAGUGCCAAAAUGACCUGGAAUUCCUGCACCGUAGUGCUGUAGCUCCUGCUAAUGGGGUGACAACCUUGGCCGCUACUGGAAACUCUCCAGGAUGCUGUGAAAAUCUUUCUUGCUGCAAUAGUCCACGGUCAGAUAGCACAGGGAUAGGAGAUGUUCCUGCUGGGUGCUGUACGUGGCAGAAGAGUUGCAGCACCAAAGUGAGCAAGCUCCCAAACAUGUAUGCUUUGGAUCAGACAGAAGUGAAUAAUAACUGUGAAUAUCAAAACAGAGAUGGGAUUUCUCGUUCUGCUGGUGCACAGGAUAGCUUUAGAUCAAGUUUCAGUUUCAUACAGCUCUCCCUGAACUUGGCCUCUGGAGUAAAUGAUGUGGAAGGCAAAUCUAUUGAGGAAACUGAGAUUGUACUGCAUCCCAAAACCACAGGCAAUCUGCAGAAGCCAGAAGAGAUGGCACAAACUCAUGAGCACUUGGGAAAUUUGUGCUGCUCCUCCAGUUCUGGUGAAGAUUUGCAGCAUGAACAUGAGAGCCCAGUAAAUGAUAAAUUACAGGACUGUGAGACUGUCUCUCUCUUGGAUAUAGACACAACAUUUUCAUAUUCUACAGAUUCCUCGGAUGCAGCAUCUGCUGGCUCUUCUGUCACCUCAGGCUAUGAAAGUAGCUUUACUGUCAGUGACCAUAACUGGGAUACUUUGAUGAAAAAAUAUGAACCAGUGCUACAGGAUUGCUUGCUUGGCAACCGCAGUACGUUAAAGUUAAAAUCCUUGAUCUUACGGCUUCAGAGGCUUCAGGAAAAAGCAAUAGAGGAAGAUGACUAUGAUAGAGCUGAUAAAUUUAGACGGAAACUGGAAGAACUGGAGAAGGAGAAAAAUUCUUUAAAAUUUCAGCUUCCUUCAAGGCAUCCCUCUGUUAGCAGUUUUUUGGAUAGGUUCAUGACCCAAGUUCAGGCAACAUUGCACUGGGCUGCUGAUAAUUGGGUUAGACAUGAAGAAAAUGGUCUUUGUCAUGAAAAAGAGCUCAGACUUUUGAGAUCAACUUCCCAGGAGAGGACGCAGGUUUCAGCCACAAAACGAAACCAGCUUUUUCAAGAAAAGAAGCGACUACAGAAAGAAAUUGAAGAUCUCCGAACAAGACUGGCCAUAUUAGAAGGAAAAGAUCAACAGCUGAGAAGAGAAAUUGAAGAACAAGAUAGGCUCAUUCAGUCACAGGACUGUGAACUGGCUGCUUUACUUGGCUGCAUUUCUUUGAGAGAGCUGCAGGAAAUAAGCAAGGCUGUGGAUGACACCUUAGCAUCCUCCUAUCGAAUUCCAUUCAGUUUAGAUCUUCCAGGAGCAAUAAAGAGCCUUCAAGAGAAAGAACAAAUGUAUAGCAUGUCCAUUAAAGAAACUACUGCCAAAGUUUGCACAAGUCAGAAACUCUGCAGUACUUUGAGGAGGAAAGUGAGUGAUAUUGAGACUCAACUACCAGCUCUACUUGAAGCCAAAAUGCUGGCUGUUUCAGGAAGUAAUUUUGGCACUGCAAGGGAUCUUGCAGAAGAAAUAAGAUCAUUAACAUCUGAGAAAGAGGGACUGGAAGGACUUCUCAAUGAACUGUUGGUUCUGAGUGCCAGAAAUACGCGAAAAUUAGAGAGAAUUAAAGAUGAUUACACCAGACUGAAACAAGAACUUGAACAAGGAGAGACUGCCUUUGUGACCAGUGUAAAAGAAAAUGCUGAGAAGUACAUGGAGAUUCUGGAGGAUAAACUACAUAGCUGUGGGAGCCAGCUGCUCCAAAGAGUGUGGGAAGCUGACUUGGAGGCCUGUCAGCUGUUGAUCCGAGGGUUUCAGCUGAAAGAAGCCAGUUGCUGUGGUUUUGAGGAAGAAGAGAACCAAAUGGAUGAGAUGGAGAUGACUGCUGAUGCCUCACCUGAUUCUGAAAAAGGAAAAGAAGGUCACUUUCUAAAGGGCACAGAGUGGGGUGCUGUUUCCUGCCCCAAACACAGGGAGCUGAAAGAGGUUAUGGAAGACAUUUCAUUUGGAACAGAGGGUCAUUUAUCUGAGGAGUUCUUCAUAUUUUCUGCAGAGUUGGGAGAAAAAUGUGAAGCAAUAAGUGAGAAAUUGGUGCAUCUGGAAGAUCAAUUGCAAAGUUCCGCCUGCAGAGUUGAUGAAGGACUUGCACAGUCUCUGCAGAGGGAGAUCCAGGUGGUGAAGGAGACACUCCAGACCGUGCUGGUGCAACUUCAGUCAGCCAAGGAGGCAGGAGAAGAAAAGGCUGGAGACUUCCUCUGUGACAGCUGGUGUCCAGGAAAACAAGACUUGAAGGAAUAAUGAGCAGAAAGAGCUGGUAGGAUGACAUUAAUUCACA